GUGCGCCGGUUCGCUGCUUGCCUUACACACACCGGCACCUGUGCGGCCUUCCGAGGCGCUCUUCUGGAGGAGGGACUCCAGAGGAUUGCAGGGAUUUUGCUUCCACCAGCUACCUCACAAAAGGAAGGUCGAAGUUCUCCUGGUAAAUGCGGCGCUUCCCGUAAGUGAGAUAAGAGACUUCGAGCCACCCGGACCAGCCCGGAACCACAUAUCAGGGCCCUGCGUUUCCUAAUUGACCCCCUUUGCGUCCACUUCCGCCCAGGGGUCUGGAACUCCCAAGGUACUUAGAAGACCAAGAACGGGAAAGGUACUUCCGGUGUCUGUUGCCAAGGCGCGGGGCCCAGUGGGCCGAAGGGGCGACAUUACUGGUGUCGUCCUCUCCCUCCCCGGGGGUCGAGAUGUCGGGGCUCAGCCACACAGAGAUGGAGGGCUGUCGUAACCUGCUCGGCCUGCUGGACAACGAAGAGAUCAUGGCCCUGUGCGACACCGUCACCAACCGCCUGGUUCAGCCUGAGGAUCGCCAAGAUGCCAUUCGUGCAAUAUUAGUGUACAGUCAAAGUAUAGAAGAACUUCUGAGGCGUAAAAAAGUCCACCGAGAAGUCAUAUUUAAGUACUUGGCAGCAGAGGGGGUUGUCAUACCUCCAGCUACUGAAAAGCACAAUCUUAUCCAGCAUGCAAAAGAUUACUGGGAAAAGCAAUCACAACUGAAAUGGAAGGGAACACCACAGCCAAUUAAAAAGACAGAAGACAUCGAACUCUUUCAACAGGCAAAAGAAGAUAAAAAAGCCGAAAAGGUUGAUUUUCGUCGCCUAGGAGAAGAAUUCUGUCGUUGGUUCUUUGAACUUCUUAAUUCUCAGAAUCCUCUUCUAGGACCACCUCAAGAUGAAUGGGGGCCACAGCACUUCUGGCAUGAUGUCAAACUUAGGUUUUAUUAUAACACAUCAGAACAAAAGGUGAUAGACUACCAUGGAGCAGAAAUCGUCAGUCUUCGUUUGCUGUCACUAGUGAAGGAAGAAUUUCUGUUUCUCAGCCCCAACCUUGAUUCCCGUGGACUGCAAUGUGCUUCUUCUCCCCAUGGGCUAGUUAUGGUUGGUGUUGCUGGGACUGUCCACCGAGGAAACACUUGUUUGGGCAUUUUCGAACAAAUUUUUGGACUCAUCCGCUGCCCUUUUGUGGAGAAUACUUGGAAGAUCAAGUUUAUCAAUCUGAGAAUUGUUGGAGAGAGUUCCCUUGCUCCAGGAACAUUACCGAAACCAGCUAUUACAUUUGAGCCGAGUGACCUAGAGGCCUUUUAUAAUGUAGUCACUUUGUGUGGCACCAGUGAAGUACGAUUUAAUGUAAAGCAGGCAUUCGAUAGUGGAACUGGAGACCAAGCCUUAUGUAGUGGAAACGAGGCAUUACUGAACAAAAGGGAACUGAGUUUACCUAACCCUGUAAAGCACUGAGCACUGUUUAUCAGCCUAAAAAAUCUCAUAUGCAGAAAUUCUUCCCAGUAUUACAGAAGUAAAGUGAUUUCAGAUGUAAGAAUUGACAUAUUUUAGUUGAAAUACCUUUCUGGACUACAGACAUUAUGUGAAUACUUGCCUAUUUCUACUUGAGUUGCAACAAAUGUUCUGAGAGCUCAAUGCAGUUCAUCAAAUAAAUCUCACUUUAGAUGUUAUAGCUAA